ACUAAUAUUGUUUUAGAAUAUCUGAAAAGCUUCAUAUUCGCUGCUUUUCAUUUCAGACACUGAAAUAGAAACAUAAAAUUUAGAAUGAACAUUUAAAAAGGCAUGGUUAUGUGUUUAUAUUGUCAGCUCUCCUUUCAGACAUUUUUCUUGUGUUGACUAACUUAAGCUGAUUCAGUAAACAUCCGUUUGGUCGCCAGGAGGCGCUCUCCAUCACUAGAUUCAAUGACGUUGUGUCAGAGUCACAUGAUUAAACAGGAAGAAAGGCGAUCGGUUCCGGACCGAACCAGCUGCUGAUUGAAACCGAGUCCGAACCUGGAUUUUACUUUGAAAGAAUCAGCGCGAGGGAAGGUAGGAGCUGCUGUAGCGCGAGCUGACAGGUGACCAGACACGUGGCUGCGCGAGACCAGUAUGGAGGAUGAUGAACUUCCGCCAGAGGAUGGGCUGGGUGGGCGUGGCUCUCUUCCUGCUGCUCAGCAUCAUGGCCGCCUACUUGGUGUUUGAGGUGGUCAGUCUGGAGCGCGUGCAGAGCGACGGCUCGUUGGCGCUGCCCCCCGCCGUCUCCGCCCACCUGCCGCCGCUUCCUGUGUGGGCGUGGGCCUCCGUCUUCCUGGUGCCGUACCUGCAGCUCUUCCUCUUCCUGUUUUCGUGCACCAGGGCGGAUCCCCGCGCCGUCGGCUACUGUGUGCUUCCUGUCUGCAUCUUCCUGCUGUGCAGCCGCCGUGACGCGCCCAAACCAGCCAAUCACAGAGCCGGAUUGCUCAUUCACAUGUAGAGACAGAUGGAUAAGUGUGAUGUCACUUACUGUUCCAGUAAACAAACUUAGCGUCUGCACCACCCUCAGCACAGACUGUCGGUCUCUGCUGACCAAUCAGAGAGCAGCAAUUUCUGUUUGUUUUUUCUGUAUUUAAUGACGUGACGCACUGGUUACCAUGGUAACUUUAAUAUGACAUUAAUAAAACGAAACAUGACGUUUCACAGCA